CUCCCCUGGGGAACAGAGGGGAUGAAUGGGGAGGCGAUGGAGGGAAACCCGGCAGAGGAGCAGCGUGAGGUGUCGGCAGCAGGAGGAGGAGGAGGAGGAGGAGGAGCAGCGGCAGCCGGUAACAGCUCCCACCUCCCCCCACCUCCCACCAUCACACCGGCCAUCCCCCCCUACGUGAAGCUGGGCCUGACCAUCGCCUACACCGUCUUCUACUCGCUGCUGUUCGCCUUCGUGUACGCGCAGCUGUGGCUGGUGCUGCGCUACCGCCACAAGCGCUUCAGCUACCAGACGGCCUUCCUGUUCCUGUGUCUGCUGUGGGCCGCCCUGCGCGCCCUCCUCUUCUCCUUCUACUUCCGGGACUGCGUGACGGCCAACGCGCUCGGACCCUUCGCCUUCUGGCUGCUCUACUGCUUCCCCGUCUGCCUGCAGUUCUUCACCCUGAGCCUCAUGAACCUCUACUGCGCACAGGUGUACUUCAAGGCGAAGUCCAAGUUCACACCAGCGCUCCUGAAGUACAGACUUCCUCUCUACCUGGUCUUCCUGGCCGUCAGUCUUCUGUUCCUGGUGGUCAACCUGGUCUGCGCUCUGCUGGUCAAGAUGACCUCGGCCGACGUCAAGACCAUCGUGCUGGUGCGGGUCACCAUCAACGACAGCCUGUUCGUGCUCUGCGCCGUCUCGCUGUCCGUCUGCCUCUACAAGGUGGCCAAGAUGUCGCUGGCCAAUAUCUACCUGGAGUCCAAGGGGACAUCGGCAUGUCAGGUGACGCUGAUCGGCGUCACGGUGGUGCUGCUGUACGCCUCGCGGGCCUGUUACAACCUGGUGGUGCUGGCACUGACCGACAUCGAGGCCAUCAACUCCUUCGACUACGACUGGUACAACGUCUCCGACCAGGCUGACCUGCGCUCGUCGCUGGGAGACGCCGGCUACGUCGUGUUCGGCGUCAUCCUGUUCGUCUGGGAGCUGCUGCCCACCUCGCUGGUCGUCUUCUUCUUCAGGGUCCGACGGCCGCCUCAGGACAGGAGUGCAGCGGGGAUACCGAACCACGUCCUCUCCUCCAGAGGAUAUUUCUUUGACAACCCUCGGCGGUACGACAGCGAUGACGACCUGGCGUGGAGCAUCCCCCCCCAGAACGCCUCGGCCAGUUUGUCGUCCGACUGCUACGACUGGGGCAGCCGCCACAGCAGCUUCACGGUUCACACCAACAGCGACGAGCAGCGACUGACCGCCACCUGCACCACGGCAGAGCUCUACCCAUAA